AGCCACUUUGUGGCUUAAGACACAAUUCCGGGUCGCGGUACAAUGUCGGACUGGGAAUUAUGCGAGCCCGGAGGCGCAGGCAUCGUGCUCCCCCUGUUUGGGGACGCCGAGCAGGACUGGCCGAGGGCGUUACGCAUCGUCCUCUAUUUGCUCGGCCUGGCAUGGUUGUUUCAAGGUGUGGGGGUGGUAUGCGAUAGUUUCAUGGAUUCGAUAGAGCAGAUCACUUCACGGAAGGAGAGACGGUUCGACCGCCAGAGAGAUCGGUACGUCACCGUGGUGGUUUGGAACGCCACCAUGGCCAAUUUGACGCUCAUGGCGCUGGGCUCUAGCGCCCCAGAGAUCCUCCUCAGCGUGAUCGAGACCUUCUCAUUGGAGUUCUUCAGCGGGAAGCUGGGGCCAUCUACCAUCGUUGGCAGUGCCGCGUUCAAUUUGUUGGUCAUCACCGCCAUAUGCAUAGUAGCCAUUCCAGACAACGAGGUCAGACAUAUCAACGAGACGUCUGUGUACGCGGUCACUGCCACGUUCUCCGUAUUCGCAUACGCAUGGACGGUCUUCGUUUUGAAGAUUACAUCCCCGAACGUGAUUGAGCUAUGGGAGGGGGUCGCUACGUUUCUCAUGCUUCCGCUCCUACUAGUCCUCGCCUAUGCGGCUGACAAGGGCCACCUGGACAAGUUCUUCUCCAAGACGGGGGUCCAGCAGCCCACUGAGCCGAAGGCUGUACUCGAUCCCGGCAUCUCUAGAGAGGACCUGGCCGAAUUGGAGGCGAAGGUGCGCCAGACGCACUCCGCCGAGAACCUGUCCAGCAGGCAGGUCGCCAAACUCUUGCAGUUCUACUACGCGCAGCCAACGACGCGCGCCGGGUACCGACGCAUGUCCAGAGUGAGGACGAAAGAGAGGCUCCCGGGGGGGCGGACAGCGGAACAACAGAACUCGACAACUUUCAAGAAGAACCGCGUGGUGCCUGUGAUGGAGGGUAUCAAGGAGGAGAUGGUGGCGGGGACCGGCGAGACCGGAGACGCCGCCGCCGCCGCCUCACGCCUGGCCGCCGGCACGCCGGACUCCUCCAAGGAGGCGGCCCAGACGGUGCUGGACGUCAAGGAGCAGGACGCCGCUGGCCAGCGGCGCGCCCCCGACGCGUCCUCGGCCGCCUGGCCGCAGCAGGCUGGCACGGGGGAGGCGGGCGAGGCCAUUUGCCCACCGGCGCCGCUGCCCCCGCAGCCGCCGUUGCCCGGGCACGCCACGCCGGCGCUGCCGGAGGAGGUGGAGCCGCCUCAGCUGCCGCGCCGCCCCUCGAUGGCCUCCCCCGUCGGCUUCGAGCUCCAGCGCGUCGCGGUGAUCUGGGGCACGCGGGCCGUGCGGCUGGGCGUGACGCGGAGGGAGGCUCUCGACGACCCGCUCUCCGUGGCCUUCAGAACCCGCGAGGGAACCGCCAAGGCGUCCAUCGACUUCGUGCCCACAGAGGGCCGGCUAGAGUUCGCACCCUCCCAGGGCGAGGGGCACAUACUCAUCGAGCUGACGGCGACCAGGCCGUCGGGGGAGAACCAGGAGUUCCACGUGGACCUGCUGAACCCAGAAACCGACUUGCUGCUGUCCACCGUCAGCGUGGUGAGCCUCGUCGAUGACGAGCCAGGGAUGCUGCAGUUCCAGAACACCGCCAUCAAGGUGGUCGAGGGGGCCGAGGAUUCCGAAGUCGACAUCGUGGUCGAGAGGUGCGACGGUUGUGGCGGCAAGGUCGGUUGCAAGUAUCACACGGAGGACUGCAGCGCCGUAGCUGGGGUCGACUACGAGGCCGCCGAGGGCGUCGUCGAGCUGGAGGCCCACCAGACCUCGGCGACCAUCACUCUGAAAAUCAAGAGGAGGGGCCGCUGUGAGCGCACCGACAUGCUUCGGCUGGUACUCAGCGACCCCAUCGGUGGCGCCCGGUUCGACCCCCGUGGCGACGGGGGGUCCGAGAGUUGCAUAGCGUAUGUCAUUAUCGAGCCAAACAAGGAACAGAGCGCACGCAUCAACGGCAUCUUGGAGGUGAUCUCCAGCAAUUGGCAGAAGGCCCAUCCGAAUCACAGCAGCUGGCGGGCGAAGUUUGUGGAGGCGCUGCAGGUGGACCCAUCGUACGAGAGCGACGGCGAGGAUGGGGAGCAGUACGAGUCCCCGUCGCCCUGGGAACGCUUCCUGAUGUGGUUCACUCACAUACUCACGCUCCCAUGGAAGCUGCUGUUCGCCUUGGUACCUCCUCCAGGCUACUGCGGCGGUUGGGCAUGUUUCUUCGCCUCGCUGUUCGGGAUCGGCUGUGUCACGGCGGUGGUAAAGGAUAUGGCUGGCCUGUUGGGUUGCGUGAUGCGCAUUCCGGACGAGGUCACCGCGAUCACGUUAGUGGCGCUUGGGACCUCGUUGCCUGACACUUUUGCCUCGAAGACGGCGGCCAUGCAGGACCCUUUUGCCGACGCCUCCAUCGGGAACGUUACUGGUAGCAACUCGGUGAACGUCUUCUUGGGCCUCGGCUUGCCCUGGAUGAUCGGGUCGUUGUAUUGGGUCAUCGGGGGCACCGACGCGGGCGUCGCCGAGUGGAACCGCAGAUACGGGGGCAGCAACCCCCCGAGCUGGGCGCGCGACUUCCAGAGCGGCGCGCUAGUCGUGGAGGCAGGCAGCCUAACCUUCUGCGUCAUGGUAUUCACCUGCUGCGCCUUCGCAUGCAUCCUGAUGCUGUGGAUUCGGCGGGUCACUGUCGGAGGAGAGCUCGGCGGGCCGGUGCGCUUGAAGUACGCGUGCGCCGCAUUCCUGCUCCUGCUCUGGGUGCUCUUCGUGGGCCUCUCCUCCUUCGAGAUGCUGAGGGCCAAGUAGCGGCUUUUUCCUUGCGGCGGACGGGGGGGGGUCCUCCUUGUGUGCCGUGGUUGCCUCUGCUAGUGAGCUUGUUCUCCUUUGAUGUCCUCGCUCUCCUUCUCCUCCUUGUUCCUCUCUUGUGCUUGUCUUCUUUUCUUCCUAGGCCAAACCCUUUGUGACUUGGAACUUCUGGGCGCGCUGGCUCUCAGGUGCUGCAUCCUCGUGAAGGAA